AACAAGAUUCCUCACACUGAGGACAAGGUUCCUCAUUCUGAGGACAAUGUUCCUCACUUUGAGGACGAGGUUCCUCACUCUGAGGACAAGGUUCUACACACUGAGGACAAGGUUCCUCACACUGAGGACAAGGUUGCUCCGUCUGAGAACAAUGUUCGUCACACUGAGGACAAGGUUAAUCGCUCGGAAGGCAGGUUCCUCACACCGAGGACAAGGUUCCUCACACUGAGGACAACGUUCCUCACUCUGAGGACAAGAUUCCUCACUCUAAGGACAAGGUUCCUCACUCUGAUAACAACGUUCCUCACUCUGAGUACAAGGUUCCUCACUCUGAAGACAAGGUUCAUAACACUAAAGACAAGGUUCCUCAACCUGAAAACAAGGUUCCUCACUCUGAGGACAAGGUUCCUCACUCUGAGGACAAUGUUCCUCGCUCUGAAGUCAGGUUCCUCACUCUGAAGACAAGGUUCCUCACUCUGAGGACAAGGUUCUUCACACUGAGGACAAGGGUCCGCACUCUGACAACAAGAUUCCUCACUCUGAGGACAAGGUUUCUCACACUGAGGACAAGGUUCCUCACUCGGAAGUCAGAUUCCUCAUUCUGAGGACAAGGUGCCUCACUUUGAGGACAAGUUUCUUCACACUGAGGACAAAGUUCCGCACCCUGAGAAGAAAGUUGCUGACUCUGAGGACAAGGUUCCUCACCGUGAGGACGAGGUUCCUCACUCUGAGGAAAAGGUUUCUCACACUGAGGACAAGGCUCCUCACUCUGAGGACAAGGCUCCUCACUCUGAGGACAAGGUUCCUCUCCCUGAGGACAAGGUUCCUCACUCUGAGGAAAAGGUUCUUCACACUGAGGACAAGGCUCCUCACCCUGAGGACAAGGUUCCUCACUCUGAGGACAAGUUUCCUGACUCUGAGGACAAGGUUCCUCACUCUGAGGACAAGGUACCUUUCUCUGAGGACGAGGUUCCUCACACUGAGGACAAGGCUCCUCACUCUGAGGAGAAGGCUGUUCACACUGAGGACAAGGUUCCGCACUCUGAGAAGAAUGUCCUCACUCUGAGGACAAGGUUCCUCAGUCUGAGGACAAGGUUCCUCAGUCUGAGGACAAGGUGA